AUGACACCAUACGCAACUGUAGCGACUCCGGAGUCCGACAACUCGGCUCCUCCCUCAAAUGCAGCUAGUCCCAGCCCAGCAACUCGUCAGCCGCGCAAAGAUCCAUCAUCCACCCCAACUCGGUCCAGAUUUCGUUCAUGGGAGGUCAAUUUCCCACAAAAUUUCACCAUUUGGGAUGAUCCCCCCGAAAGAGCCGCAGAAGAUUGCCCACCUGACCAUAUCUACAUACCCGUCGCAGAUGAGGACAAAGAGAAUUCGUACGCCGGAAAUAUGGACUUUGAACCGAGUUCCGAGCCAGAGAGUCAGACAGUUGGCACGGAUGAGUUCAGGCUGCGAGCCGGUCCUCUCGACGUCUUCGGUAUCCCCGUCAAUUCCACCUUUGGCCCUGCUCUUUCCCAUAAUUCUCUGGGCCCCGAUACCACGCCUUCUGCCCAGCCGACUGCUGUCAAUGACAACGAUCGACCCACGUUGCAAGUGGCACUGCGGGAGGGGGACGAAGUAGCUACGGAGUGGGAAGACAGACCGGCGCCGGUUGAGAUUGCGGAGCUUGUCCGACUGAACGACGCGAUUAACCGAGCUGCGGAGCAGAGGUUGCAGCAUGAUCAAAACUCCCCUGAACGUGAUCGCAAUGCACAGAGGCAGAGACUCCUCCUUGAGGCUCGACGUGUCGCUCGUUCUCGGCGCCAACAAGGCCGUCGUCGUCGCUCGGUUGAGUCGGGCUAG